AUGGCGACGGACACUGUGAGCUGCGGGACCGGGAGUUCACGGCCGCAUUCCUGGAUGAAUCGUGCGGUCUUGGCGACGACCUUGGACUCUACUCGCUCGGGGACGUCCAGCACUCGGGACGGGGUUUCUUUCACCUCCUCCGACGUGAAGAGCCAGGGGUUGUGCUCCGGGGUCUGGACAUAG